AUGCGUCGGCUGAUACAUCCCCGACAGAGCAGCAGCAUCACCAGCAGCAGCAACAGCAGCAACAGCAGCAACAACAACAGCAGCAGCAGCAGCAAUGAUAGCAGCAGCUGCAGCAGCAGCAGUUUUGACGUACACGUUGGAGAAAAUGUUAUAGAGCUAACUGCAGCACAUAACAAAUCGCAGCAACAGCAGCAGCAGCAGCAGCAGCAACAGCAACAGCAGCAGCAGCAGCAGCAGCAGCGGCAGAGGAGUGCAUGGGAGGCAGAAUUGGAUUUAAUGCUGACGGUGUUAUUCUUACGAAUAUCUCCUUUCCCUAAUCUUGUUAUUAAUGCUGCCUCCCCUGUAUUAGACGUUCCUUUUCGUCCUUUUCUUGUGGCGACUUGGCUCGGCCUUAUGCCUAACUCCGCCCUAUUCGUCUCUAUGGGCUCCGCCUUGGGCAGUAUUGACUCUCUUAGCUCAGGUAAGAGUCGUGCAGCAGCAGCAGCAGCAGAUGCAACAGCAGCAGUAGCAGAUGGAACAGCAGCAGCAGCAGCAGGUUCCUUCUUCCUGCUGGUGGUGCUGCAGCAUGUCUUCUACCUAUACACUCCAUGCUCACCAUUUAUGUACUGCAAGUGCAGCAGCAGCAGCAAAACAGCAGGACAAAAUUCAACAGCAGCAGCAGCAGCAGAAGAAGAAGAAGAAGAAGAAGAACAAGCAGAAGAAAAAGCAGAAGCCGCUCUGCAAACGAGCCCAUUCCCCAACAGCAACAGCAGCAAUACUGCAGCAGCAGCAGCACAGAUUCAACAGCAGCAACAGCAGCAACACCAGCAACAGCAGCAACACCAGCAACACCAGCAGCAACAGCAGCAGAUCAUUAUAUACGGCCUCUCGUCUCAGCCCCGACGAUACAUAGAGGGAGCAACGAAGCAGGCAGCAGUAGGGGGGGGAGGACGACUGCAGCAGCAGCAGUUCCACAAGCAGCCGCAGCAGCAGCAACAACCGCAGUGGCAGCAGCAGCAACGGCUGCAGCAGCAACGGCUGCAGCAGCAACGGCUGCAGCAGCAACGUCUGCAGCAGCAACGGCUGCAGCAGCAAGGGCUACAGCAGCAAGGGCUGCAGCAGCUGCUGCAGCGCCAGGCGCCCUCAAGGUGUCCUCCAAGCCAAAGGCAUUAUAUAAAGGGCCAACUCAUGUGA